AUGGCCUCCCACCGCAUCGGCGCCCGCGUCGCGGGCCUCUCGCCAGCGCAGCUGUGCGCCAUCAUCGAGGCGCAGGCGGGCGCGAGCGACGCCGCGCUGCGCGUGGCGGAGGAGCACGCCGCACGGCUCGUGGAGCAGCCCGAGUGGGUGCUCUCCGAGGUCCUCCUCUCGCCGGACCUCGCCCCGCACAUCCUCGCCCAGCUGCCGACCACGGAGCACGCCGUCAAGGGGACGAGAGCGAUAAAAUCGACUCCAGCCACCAUCCCCGUCAUCCAGAUAGAUCCACCGAGCCUCCUCGCUCCUGUAUGGCGCGCCCGCGGGCGCCACGACAAGCGAGGGAUUCAAGACCGAGGCUACUCUCGUCUGUUCUCCUGCCACACGAUGGGCCGCGACGGCGUCCGCGAUCGCUACUUUAGCCGGCGUGCUACUUUCACCGAGCUGCUGUGUUACAGCGUGGUUGCGGUCGCCGUCGUCGCCUACAGCGCAAUCGCAAUCGCAAGCGAGGUUGGUCUCAUCGCGCCGGCUUGCCACCUCCCGCCACGCUCGCAGCCGCUAAAGCAUGGCAACCCGGACUUCGACGACGACCCGUGUUACUCCGUGCGCUACUGGUCGCUCCUCGGCUUCACAAAGUGGGAAUGCGGCAUCUGCGCACGGAUCCUCUGCUCCAUCGCCAUCGGCACCGCCAUCGGCUGGGAGCGCGCUGUCCACGGGCACACGGCGACGGGCAUGCGCACGAUGUCCGUGCUGUGCCUCGGCGCGUGCUGCUUCUCCAUCUGCUCCUCCUUCUCCUUCGUCGACGGCCCGAUGUCGUGGGACGCCUCCCGCUCCUCCGCGGCCAUCCCGACCGGGGUCGGCUUUCUCGGCGGCGCGACGAUCUGGAAGGGCAAGACGGCCUCGGGGAGGGAGGAAAUACACGGCCUGACCACCGCCAUCCUCGUCUGGACGACCGCCGCCAUCGGCAAUGCGGUCGGCGGCGCGCUCUACGUGCCCGCCAUCUUCGCUGCGGCGGCCUCAGUCGUCGUCCUCAACUUUGUGCCUGGCGCGGCCGGCAUCGCCGCGGUCGGCCCGCUCUCGGCCGCCUCGCUUGCGAGGGACGACCUGCGGCGCGGCUCGACCGCGAGGAUCGUCGCCGGCCACAAUACGCUCCUCACCAUGCUCGCCAUCAACCUGAUUGGCUGCAGCGCGUGCGUCUACGCGCUGCUCGCGCUCGCCGCGCCGCACCUCGCCCCCCCGUGCUCCGAGCCCUUGGGCUCGCUCAAGCCGUACUCGAACCCGAUCUACGCGGCCGAGUACGACCCGUGCCAGAACGACCGCCACGCCGUCCUCGGCGGGCUGACGACAAUGGAGGCCGACGCGUGCGUGCGCCUCACCGUGGCCGUCCUCCUCGGCGCCAUCAUCGGCCAUGAGCGGAGGCGAAGCGAGCGCGGAGUCGGCAUCCAGACGAUGGCCAUCACGUGCCUCGCCUCGGCCCUGUACACUUGGGGCGGCAUGUUUUGCGAGGGCACCGGCCCGUCAAAGUGGGACACGUCUCGCGUCGCCGCCGCCGUGGUGUCCGGCGUGAGCUUCAUCGGAGGCGCAGUCAUCGUCAAGGGGAGCGACAAGAACCCGCACGUCCACGGCCUGACCACCGCCACUUCGGUGUGGCUCUCGGCUGCGCUCGGGCUCAUGGCGGGCGGCGCCCUCUACCCGGUCGCAUUCUUCGCCGCCUUCACUGCGGUCUUUUACCUGCGCUUUGGCCCCAGCACCCACCAAGGGGGCGGGUCCGAGCCAAACGGCCUGGACGGCCAGCCCAACGGCGGCGCGGAUGGGCUCACGUCCUGAACUGAGGGGUGGCCCCGCCUACCGGUAGACCGUAAUGAACCUACGACACCAGUCUACCGCGUACCGGUAGACUUGGUAGACCGCGGUAGACAUAAAGACUCGUCUACCCCUUUUUCAGCCGCCCGAUUUCCAUAUUCCCCUCGUAGGGGGUGUGGUUUUC